CGAGACCGAGCCGCGCCGCCGCCGUCGAUCAUUCGUUCGGCGCUCUGCCGCUCGCUCGAAGCGGGCUCGAAUUGUUAUAAAAGUGGCAAGGACAUACGGUCGAGCCAUUAGUCGAAAUUUAUAAACGCUCGACGCGAAAUCGUCUCCGGGUCUCCGUCUCCGCCACCGACCACCGACCAAGCGCCCCGAGCACGCAGCAAAUAUUAUUUUUUUUCCGUUUUCAAAACACCAUCAAAGCAAUUCGAAAUUAUUGCGAUUCACCCAAAGAUUCACCCAAAAACACACAAACAAAAAAUUAAAUUAAUUUUUUUUUGGUUCGGCCCCACACAAUAUCUUGAGAAAACAUUUUUUUCUGUUAAGUGCCACACACAAGUCGCAAGUAAAAAUCAAAUGGCCGAGCAGCAGUGCAACAAAUAGAAAAGACACUUCACUGCAAUCCAUCCACAACUGAAGUCCCCCCGAGAGAGAGAGAGAGGGAGAGAGAGAGACAGAUCCCAGCAGGAUCUCCAAAGCGUCGCCCAGUAAAGUUCAACCCAACCCGAACCCACCCCACACACGACGACGACGACGACGACGACAAAAUGCUGGCCGACUCGUAUCUGAUAAAGUUUCUGCUGCGGAAGCUGCAGGUGCAGCAGCAGGACGCCGAUGCCCAGCACCUGUUGCUGGUGUUCCUCGGCUUCCUGGCGCUGGUCAGCCUGCUGCAGUGGCUGCUAAGAAAUUAUCGGGAGCUGCGCAAGCUGCCGCCCGGCCCCUGGGGCCUGCCCGUCAUCGGCUAUCUGCUGUUCAUGGGCAACGAGAAGCACACACGCUUCAUGGAGCUGGCCAAGCAGUACGGAUCGCUCUUCUCCACGCGCCUCGGCAGCCAGCUGACCGUCGUCAUGAGCGACUACAAAAUGAUACGCGAGUGCUUUCGCCGUGAGGAGUUCACAGGACGACCGGACACGCCGUUCAUGCAGACCCUCAAUGGCUAUGGCAUCAUCAAUAGCACUGGCAAGCUGUGGAAGGAUCAGCGACGCUUUCUGCACGACAAACUGCGACAGUUCGGCAUGACCUACAUGGGCAAUGGCAAGCAGCAAAUGCAGAAGCGCAUUAUGACGGAAGUGCACGAGUUCAUUGGACAUUUGCAUGCGAGCGACGGGCAACCGAUUGACCUGUCGCCCGUCAUCUCGGUGGCCGUCAGCAAUGUCAUCUGCAGCCUGAUGAUGUCCACGCGCUUCAGCAUCGAUGAUCCCAAGUUCAGGCGCUUCAACUUCCUCAUCGAGGAGGGCAUGCGGCUGUUCGGCGAGAUCCACACCGUGGACUACAUCCCGACGAUGCAGUGCUUCCCCAGCAUAUCGACGGCCAAGAACAAGAUUGCCCAGAACCGUGCGGAAAUGCAGCGCUUCUACCAGGAUGUCAUCGAUGAUCACAAGCGCAGCUUCGACCCGCACAAUGUGCGCGAUUUGGUGGACUAUUACCUGUGCGAGAUCGAGAAGGCCAAGGCCGAGGGCACCGAUGCGGAGUUGUUUGAUGGCAAGAAUCAUGAGGAGCAACUGGUGCAGGUGAUCAUCGAUCUGUUCUCCGCCGGCAUGGAGACCAUCAAGACAACGCUGCUCUGGAUCAACGUGUUCAUGCUGCGCAAUCCCAAGGAGAUGCGUCGCGUCCAGGAUGAGCUCGACCAGGUGGUGGGACGCCACCGUCUGCCCACCAUCGAGGACUUGCAGUAUCUGCCCGUGACCGAGUCAACCAUUCUGGAGUCAAUGCGUCGCUCCAGCAUUGUGCCAUUGGCCACAACGCACUCGCCCACAAGAGAUGUCGAACUCAAUGGGUACACCAUACCGGCCGGCUCCCAUGUCAUCCCGCUGAUCAACAGCGUCCACAUGGACCCCAAUCUGUGGGAGAAGCCCGAGGAGUUUCGUCCCUCGCGCUUCGUCGACACCGAGGGCAAGGUGCGCAAGCCCGAGUACUUCAUACCCUUCGGCGUGGGCCGCCGCAUGUGCCUGGGCGAUGUGCUGGCCAAGAUGGAGCUCUUCCUGUUCUUCGCCUCGUUCAUGCACUGCUUCGACAUUGCCCUGCCCGCCGGCCAGCCGCUGCCCAGCCUCAAGGGCAAUGUGGGCGCCACCAUAACCCCGGAGGCGUUCAAGGUCUGCCUCAAGCGCCGACCCCUGGCACCGACGGCCAGCGAGCCGCAUCAUGUGCGAAAUGUUGGCGCCAACUGAUGGCCCCGAGCGUAGCCGCAGCAGCCACAGAGCACGGUU